AUGAGCUUGAUAUCCCAGAACGCGGUCCAGAAGCGCCGCCUCAGGAAAAGUGAAGCUGAUGAUGGCAAUGAUGAGGACAUUGGCUCACCGAGCUCCAUAGAUGCAGAGGUUGGGAAGGAAGCAAAGUUGAAGAAUCACAAUAAGGAAAGGAAGAAGAAAAGGACUAAGGUGCUGGAGUCCCAGCAGAGCAAAGAGGAAGAGGAGAUGAGGCAGCUGGAGAGCUCAUUGUUUGGUUCCCUUUAUGCACCACUGGAGUUUGGCACUGAGGUAGGGGCUGCAGUAGUAGCUCCUGACCGGGAUGCGCCUUUGUUUUUCACAGAUAGGUCCGCUGGUGGUGGUGUGGAUCAUCCUAUAUAUGAGGAGGAUAUGGCCCAUGAGGAUGAGGACGACGUGGUGCGUAUCAAGGGGAGGAAGCCUGUAUGGGUGGAUGAGGAGGAAGAAAGGACAGAAGUGGACAUCGUGAAGGUUUCAAGGUUGAGGAAGCUAAGAAAAGAGGAAGAUGAUCAUUUGAUUUCAGGGAAAGAGUAUGAGGCCAGGCUCCGUGGUCAGCAUGCCAAAUUGAACCCCUUCACUGGCUGGGCUGAUAUGGACCGGAAAACUUCUCUUCCUGUCGCGUCAGAUGGUGAGUCCGAUGAUGAAGGUUGUGUCAAUGAUAUCCUUCAGAAUAACGAUGAGCUUGUUGUCAAGGAUACUGUCAGGCUCUUACCUGGGAUGUUAGAGUUCUCAAGGCUCGUUGAUGCCAAUAUCCAGGAUCCAUCAAGUGGUCCUAUCAAUUCAGUGCAGUUUCAUAGGAAUGGGCAACUGAUGCUUGCUGCAGGUUUGGACAAGCAUCUAAGGUUUUUCCAGAUUGAUGGAAAGAGAAACCCCAAGAUCCAGAGCAUAUUUAUUGGGGACUGUCCAGUACACAAGGCCUCAUUUCUACCUGAUGGCUCUGAGGUGAUCCUAUCAGGCAGGCGAAAGUUCUUCUACUCAUUUGACCUGGUGAAUGCUGCUGUUAGCAAGAUUGGACCUUUGACGGGGCGUGAGGAGAAAAGCCUGGAGAGCUUUGAGAUAUCACCUGAUUCGAGAACCAUUGCUUUUGUCGGUAACGAAGGGUACAUCCUUCUUAUUUCUGCCAAGACAAAGCAGCUCAUUGGAACCCUCAAGAUGAACGGAACCGUGCGUUCACUGGCUUUUUAUGGAUGGUGGAAACCAGCUGCUGAGCAGCGUGGAGAUGGCCAUGUUUACCACUGGGAUCUCGGAACAAGGAAGUGCAUCCACAAGGCUUUUGACGACGGUUCCCUGGCUGGCAUUUCGCUUUGCACCUCGCAGGACAGCUCUUUGUUUGCCACAGGUUCUACCAGUGGCAUCGUGAAUGUGUACAAGAGGGAUGAUUUUCUUGGUGGGAAGAGGAAGCCACUGAAGACGAUCGAAAACCUGACCACUGACAUCGGCGAAAUGAAAUUCAACCAUGAUGCCCAGAUCUUGGCAAUCAGCUCAAGGAAAGAGAGGAAUGGGAUGAGGCUCGUGCACGUCCCGUCCUUCAGUGUGUUCCAGAACUGGCCAGGGCCUCGGUUCAGCCUUCACUAUCCACGGUGCCUGGAUUUCAGCCCUGGCAGCGGGUUCUUGUCUGUCGGACACGCGGGUGGAAAGUCGUAUGCAGUUUGUUAUUCUGCUAUUGCUUUAUGGUGGUUGUUGAUUGCGGAAUUUCAGUUUCCUGCUACUGGGCUUAUGGGAGUAAUCCUGGAGUCUGGAGCCAUCUAUUAUCAGCGAAAGCGGCCGCUGAUGGACCGAGGCAUCGACCACAAGCAGCUGACCCGAUGCCGAUGCACAGUGGCGGAUGUAGGACAAAAUUCUAAGAGCCUGAACAAGCUGUUGUGUUGGGCGCUGGUCGCUGACUACUAUCGUGCUGCGCUGCUGCUCGCUGGUGCGGUCGUUGUGCUGCGUUGCUGCUCCAUAGGCGCGGCCGCGCAAAUUAAAGGGCUGAUCUGUAGGGUAGGGCAAAACGUUUUCCGCCAGUGCCACAUGCAUCAGCUGUUGCUGCUAGUGAUAGAUGGGCUCAUGGGCCAGGAGCUCUGA